AUGACGGGAAAAGAGAAAGACUCGUCGUUUUUCGUCGCGCUCGCGCGCGUGGACAUCAGCGAGUACGCGAGCAGAGUCGAUCAGUUGUAUCGAUGGUACCUCGAUCGAGAAGGGAAAGAUUUUGAUGAAGACGAGGAGAGAAAUGAACGCGGUAACACUACCACGUCAUCAUUGCGGUGUUGUUAUCAUCAUCAUCAUCAUCAUCAUCGUCAUCCGGGCGUUGCGAUUCAAAAGUAUCUGAACGAGAACUAUUUCGAGCCGCUGGCGAAACUGGCGAGCAAACACAAAGGGACCGUGUUGAAUUUCGCCGGCGACGCAGCGUGUUGCGUCUUUCGAGAAAGGAGAAGGUGUGAUGGUACGAGGGAGACGGAUGAUGAAGAUGAUGAUGAGAAUGAUAUAAAAAUAGUAAACGGUGAUGAAACGAAAGCUCGCGUGACGAAAAGAGCGGAAUCGUUCGCUGAAGAGGUGGUGAAUGGGAGGUGGUUGUUUUCGAACCGUCCUCGACGUCGCGCCGAGAAAGCUCGAGAGGAAGAAGCUCAACGAGCACACUUCUUCUUUCGAGACGUGCGCGUGAGAAUUGCGGUGGCGAGCGGAAAUGUCACGCAAACCUUCCUGGGAGGAUUUCAAGGACGAUACGAAAGAGUGCUGUUCGGUGAAGCGUGCGAGAAGUUAGCGAAGGAAGCUCGGAAGGCGAAACCGAGAGAAUUACUUCUCGCAAACGAUGAAUACGAUGACCCGGAAAGGAAAAGGAGGCUUAUUCGGCGAGAAGAGAAGAAACUAAGAAACAUCAGAAUAAAGGCAUUAACACCAUCAAAGAGUCAAAGAGACGAAAUCGUCGCGAUUGUGUUCAUACACGUCACGCUCCGAGCAUCGAUGUCGACUCGCGAAGUGCAAACGCUCCGUCGUUUCGUCCAACGCGCGCAAAAGGUUUGCGCGCGCCACGACGGCACGUUUCUACAACUCGGCGGCGACGAAGGCGACUCGCUCGCCAUCGUCGUCGCGUUUCGAACGCAAUUCGCGAAAGAUUCUUUACUCGCAAAAUUCGUGGCGUCGAGAAAUGCGCUUCGAUUCAGCCGCACCAUUUCUCGAUCGCUCGAAAAGACGAACAAGAACGAGAUCAAGAUCGAGAGAAAAGGCAACAAAACCACCACCACCACCCGAAGACGACCUCCUCCGCGACGACGACAAAGACGUGAACAACACCUGAAAAUAACUCUCGGCGUUUCUCUCGGCAGCUGCUGCUUAGGUUUCGUCGGCGACCUCUGUUCUCAGACCUCUUCCCACAAAGCGUUCCUCGCCACCGGGCGCGCGGUGAACCGCGCCGCCAGGUUCGCCAAAGGCGAACUCCUACAAAGAACAAAAAAAUCAUCAAAAAAUCACAUCGUCCGCGUCGACGCGAACGCCGUGUAUACUCCUUCCUCGAAAUCGUCUUCUUUGCGGAAGAAAAUACGCGUGAAAGGCGGCGAAGUCUGGGACGCGCUCGCCUUUUAA